UGGUCACUAUUGAAUCUUAUUGACAGAAAAACUUGUUGUUUUUAUACAUUGACAUGAAACUUGUGUGUGUUUAAAAUAAGGAUUUCAAUCUUAAAUAUCAAUCUCUGUGAUAUGAUGUCUGGUUAGUUUUUUAAGCCAUAUUUGACUGCAAUCAAAGCCAUUGUAAGUUUGAAUUGUAUGCUCUUUAAUGAAUGUGUUUCUGAUCACACUGUUGUGUAUAACUCAACUGUUAGCAUCCUUGUGUGACACACACACAACAAACUACAGCCGUCUUCUGUUCAUUAUGGCGUCCGGCGAGGAAGAGCUGACCUGCUCCGUGUGCCGAGACAUCUUCAGCCAAACCCACCCGCUGCCCUGCGGUCACAGCUUCUGCCCCACCUGCAUCCGGGAGGCCUGGAGCGCCCAGGACGAGGAGAGAACCCACUUCACCUGCCCGCAGUGUCAGGAGGAGCACGGCGAGGUGCACUGCGACUGCUGCCCUUCUGAUACAGAGGAAGAACAAAAACAGUUAGCCGUCAAGACCUGCCUGAGGUGUGAAGUGUCGUUGUGCGCCCAACACCUCCAACCCCAUCUGGAGAGGCCGGCGUUUAGCACCCACCUGUUGGUGGAUCCGCUGAUGGACCUCUCCCAGCGACGAUGUCAAACACACACAGAAAUACUGCGCUACUACUGUGCCGAUGAAAGAGUGUACGUGUGUGGAGACUGUCUCCUGGAGGGGGGCCACGCUCAGCACAAAGUGAAGGCGCUGAGACAGGUGGAGGAGGAUCUGAAGGUCAGCUGGACGACUUCACAAACUGGGUUUCUCUGUUUGUGUGUGUCUGGUUUUUUCAUGUGUGUUUCUCUGCAGGUCAUUCUCCAAACACUGCUCAGAAAAUCAGAGGAGAAGCUGAAGGAAGGGGAGCAGAUCCUGAAAGAGCACGGGGAUAUGGAUACCACCAUGACCGACUCUCUGAAGCAGGACGACACACAGGUGGAGCGGCUGAGUUCAGACCUGCAGAUCCAGGUGAAGAAGCUGGUGGUGGCACUGAGGGAGAUCACCAAGAGGGAGAGACAGCAGGUGAUAGCACGAGUGAACGAGGACUGCUCCAAGGUGAGAGAGGACAUGAGCCGAGUGCUGAGCAUCCAGCACUACCUGUCCUCCUGCUGGCAGAGCCCGACCCCUUCCUGCUCAUCUGGGUAAGACUCAGUGCUGGACAGACACUCUGAUUCACAUCACCAGAUCUGUUUUGGAGAAGGUCAUGAAAAUGAUCAUAAUUAUGAACAUAGGAAUAAAGAUGUUAACAGCUUAGUUCAAGACUUAUUUAUGAUUAAAAGGUGUGGCUGAUCUGACUGACCUGAGGGCGCAGGGUAGAUUUUUGUCAGGAGGCCCCGCCUCAGCUCCAGCUCUUUGCCUGUUGUAAGAUUGACCAAGCGAUACAGAAGGUUGAGACCAAGCGGCAAAAAUGAAGCAAAUGCAGAAGUGCAAAAUCCCGCAGGUUGUCAAGAGUCCGCUUGAGGCUGGCUCCAGGAACA